CAACAGUCAACGGACAACGACCAACAAAUGAAAAUUGAAAAUAUAGUUCAUGUCAAAGGUUUAUGUGGUAAUGAUGUGAUUUAUUUCAUCCUUUCGUUAUUUUACACGAUAAUAAAAGAGAUAAUGGACGUGUAAUAAUUUUAUUACUAAAGUUGUUUAAGUGUUAGUCAAAAUAGCCGAGUAAUAAUAGCAAAGGAAUAAAAAAUAAUUUCCUUAUAAGAAAAAUAUUUAGAAGAAACGAUGUCUGUAGGUUGGGCUAACCUACCCAUCCUUCCACUUAGGUGUAUACUUGAACACCUGAGUGUAAAUGAUGCACUUGCAGCUACAUCAACUUGCCAACACUGGCGCAGUGCCAUACUAUUAUAUGAAGGACACAAAGAUGUAAUUAAAUUAAGUGUAAAGAACAUAGAGAAGAGCAUGUUCCUGACUCGUAUAUUUAAAAAGUACACAAAACACUUGCACAUUUACAUAGACACAACAGUUGUAGAAGAAUUGGUGUCCUUUAUGAACUAUAUUUUGCCAUUAUACUUCGAUACAGUAAAUCUAAACGAACUGGCAUUUCUCGGUCCAAGUUACAUUCUUAAAAAUCCAAAUGUGCCAAUACCACAACUGCAAAGAAUAAUAGUGGAGACUCUCGUCUUCAAGAACCUGCAUAGUCUACAGAGGCUUCUUUUAACUGGCUGUGAGAUGGCAACACCUAAAAAUGAAAACGAUAGAUAUGUACACAAGAAUGUAGAGUAUUAUUCGCGGCCGCUGACAUUCAGCACGAAGCGUUGCCUGGAUGACACCAUACUAUCUAGAAGCAACGUGGGAUUAAUGAUGUUCUCUAAGCUACAGUCCAUAGUGAUAGACUACGAGUACUUAAGCUCAGCUGCCGUUAACACAUUGAGUCGUCUGCCGGAAUUGGCGCUGCUUACCUUAAACAUCGGACACAAGCGCCCUCUGUCAUUGCCGAGAUUCGAAUGGCCGCCCGAGACAUUGAACGUCGCUAUCAACGUUAUUGCGGUACCAUUGCACCGCUUCAACGAUAUUAUAGAACAUGUAUUUGUGCGUGGGCUACUCCUGGUUUCACUGAAAGUCAUGUUCUGUAAAACUUUCCAUGUGCCACUGUUAUCGCACCUGUCACGUUUGUAUAAGUCUACGCUGCAGGAGUUUGUGUGGGUGGACGCCCCCUGCAUAUCUACCACACCAUUUUACAGGGUCGUCAAGCCUGAACCGUAUGAUGUUUGCGUGAAUCACAUUUUACUGAUGUGCUGGCAAUGUGUACAACUACGUAGACUCGUUAUUCAUGGCUACUGGCUGUGGCAAUACGAUGUGCUGGGUAUUGUGCGUCUGCGCAGGUCGUUGGAACGCCUCGAAUUAUCAGCAGUGUACGGUCAGCAGAACCACUUCGGUACGGCUGAUAAUCGCGUACUCAGGGUUUUAGCCAAUGACGACUUGGAUAUUUUGGAAGCUCAAUAUAUUGAGAAAAUUAACGAGCAUACACAAUUCAAAUGGGCGCCUACAACAUAUGAGGCUUUGCCGCCAGCGCUCAAGCUCAAUGCUACUUCGAAAGAUCGGGCUGAUUACUACAUGCGUGAAACUUCCUUAUAAAUACAGACACAAGCCAUCUUUAAGAUCAAAUCACAACUACAAAAUAUAUAUGUAUUUUAAAACAAAUCUAAAUGUUAAAUUUAAAGCGUUGACAUCUCAAAAGAUAGACAAAAGAGAGACAGCGAUAUUAAUAUGCCAUGUACGUCAAAAGUAUAUUUAAUUUAUUCGAUGUAAUUGAAGUAUUAGCUAACUUUGGCAACUUGUCUAUAGAGUUAUAUAUUUUUAAAUUAGUUGAUAUAUACUCUGUUACAAAAUCGGUUAUAUUGUGAAAUAAGAACAAGUAUACAAAGGCUUGAGUUUCCGUGUACCAAAUACUAAAAAGACGUAGAGUUAUACGAUCUGUCAAACUAUUUUUCUAUCAAGGUUUGACAUUUGACAGUGCUCACAUGUGACAGUCAGAUUGUGACUUGUAAAUAACGCCGGUGUUAUAAAGCUUUUUUUUUAAGCAUCUUAAAUAUUCGUAUAUAUCACAAUAUGUUGAAUUGGUGUAAACUAUAGCUAUGAAACGUGAGUAUAACGAAAAUGUAGAUCAACUUUUAUAUUGUUUUACUACAAUAUUUCAAACAAAAUACAUAUUAUCCAUAAACUAUUGCAGUUGUAUAUGUACACGCAUAGUAGAAUGAGUUAAACAUAAAUAUAGCGAAUAUACUUUGUAUAGGAAAAUUUGUAAACUUAUCUAUUUCAGGGGUUUUGUUGCAUAUAACACUUAGACCCGCUUGAGUGUAUGAGAAGGGUGUUGGUUAGAUUUAAAUAAAAAAAAAUUAAAAAAAAAUCGUGAUAAUGUAUAGUCAACAGAGUAUUAGGUUACCAAUAUGUUUUAAAACCAAUACUUAAUAGGCCUAAACUCAAAACAUUAUUUCUACAAAGUUCCUGAUUUGAAAUAAAACAUUUUCAGCAUUAAUCAAAGCACAUAGUGUUCCUACAUUCGUUUGUACUAAUAACGGAUUGAUUUCAAUAUAAGCUUUCAAUAAAUGGUUCGUUAUUGAUAAGAUUAAAUAGUGAUGAGCCAUUAGAUGCAAUUUAUAUAUGCCUGUAUUAUAGCAUAAAAGAUCCUUUAUAUGUAUAUCACAAAUGUUUUGCACUUUAGGCAAAUUUGCAAUUUCAUGUCAAUUGUCAAACCGGUUUAUAAUCUGUAUUCACAAAUUGGCGCCAAUUUAAUUUUGGUAACAGAUAGAAAAAUACGCUAGUAUAUCCUGUACAUAUUGUUUUUGAUUUAAUUACGUUUUCAACUAAUAACUAUUGAUUCAUUCCACCAAAUCACGCCUCAUUUUGUGAAUACAGAUAAAAAAUAUUUCUUUAGUGUUCUAUAAUAUGUAUAGGAAAUAUUGAGAAACGCCGAAUGAUAUGUUUACUGGCAACAUCUCACAUCACGAAUUUAUCGCGUAGACGAGUCAAUAUCUUAGAGAAUGUUAGUGAAUGCUUCGCGCGUCAAAGAUACCGCACAAAUGUUAUCCAUAUGUUAAGAUCUAUGUGCGAUUCUGUCAUUUUGUAUUACAAAUAGCUUAUUACAUAUCUGUUAUCUCAAUUCAGUUAUAAGGAAAGUUAUGUUUUUAAACUUGAUUGAAAAUAAAAUAGCGUGUAUCAGUAACCGUUCCAGUAUUACCUAUUUUGGUACAGAAAAAAGUAAAUAUUUUCACCAAACUGAAUAUGACGAAAUUUUAUUUGAAGUAUUAUUGGAUGUUUUUCUCUCUAAUAUAACCUAAUCUAACUGUUGCUAAAUAUUUUAUACAUUUUUAUCAUUAAACUUUGAUGAAUUUUGAAACAGAUAUUUGUAAUACAAAUGUUGUUGGACGAACUUAAUUGAUUUUGAUCUGUAAAUAAUAAAGUCGUCUAUUUGUAAAUAUCAACGUUGGCGUUGCGAAGUACGACAAAACAUCUAGUCAAAUUGUAGGGCUUUGUAAAUACAGGGCUAAACUUUAACGACACUUGGAAGUAUCUCUUUAAACGUAUAAUUAAAUCAAACUAAAGUUUCUUAAGUUAAACUUAAUCUAUCCGUUCUAUACAAUUAUAAAAAAUCAAAGUUUUAAAGCGAAUUUAUCUUAUUUUUAUCUUUCUUUUCUCCUUGUGUCGUGAAAAGGAUAGCCAAUCGACGCGUGCGCCCGCGGUAACGAAGCACAAACUAACCAAGUAUUACGGAUACAUAUUAUAAUCUAAUAUCAACACUAUAGUUUUAAGAAAUCUUGACUGUAUCAAAUACGGUUAUCUGCCACUAACGAACGAAUAGAAUAACGAUAAAGGGUUUUUCGAGAGUUGAUAAUUUAGGGUUUUGCAGGAGCAAAGAUUGUGUGAAGAGGAAUUUCGUUAAUUUUCGAAAACAAAUUCAUAGCCAAAGUAAAAAUAAUUAUGUAGUGAAACCCAAGUUAUAAUGAAACCUGAUGUGCAAAAGAAUUGUUAUCGUAAUCUCAACUCUCGCUUGAAUUAACCAAUCGACGAUGUAGGUAAUCGAACUGCAUAUUGUAAAAAGCACCUUGUGUAAACGUUGCUCUGGAUAUACUCCGAUCCGUCCCCAAAUCAUGUUUUUAUAAAAAUUGUGAUGAUAACGCGUAAAAUUUUCUUGGCUACGUACUCUUUACCGUUCAAUGACGUUUGGAAAAUACUUUUCUUGACUUAAAUUUCGGAAAUAUUGUCUAGGAAAAACACAAUCAACGUAUACGUACGUUUUACGAAGGUCAAGCGUACAUUGGUAUACGUUGGUUGAGAAUUAAAUGGAAGCUUACGUACAAGAAUUGAAGAGAUGGUGUGUUUGAAUUUAACGCGUUACUAUUACAAGUGCAGAAUUUUCCUAUCGAAUGCAAGGUGCUAAGCGAUCAAAAAUGAUGUCACGCACAAUGAUACACGCCUUGAAAAAGUGUACAAACAAUACACGAUAGACAUCCGUGCUAUCAGUCGAAUAAAAAAAUAAGUAUAACGCUUCAAGUAGUACUAAGUACUCGUAUAAAUGUUUUCUUUCAAAUAUUUUUUAAAAUGUUUAUAACAUGCGAUGUAUUGUAAGGCAACGAAGAGACUUACCACCAUACAUUCCCUGAGACUGAAUGCCCUACGACGUUAUAUAUUUUCGUAAAGGUGGGUCAUUAGUAUUUCAGAAUCUUCAGAAUUAUUUACGACAAAUCAGGUCGUAGCUUUGUUUUUUAUUGAAACAAUAACUUUACAAUAUGAUGCUUUAUUUUUAUGAAAAGGGGAAGCGAUCUCAAGUAUAUUAAAAUCCUUUAAAAAUACUUUUGACCCACUUUGCUAAAUACAAUAUCGAGGAUCGGAUGAAACCAUAAAAAUUCAGUUUUUCUGUUGAUUAACUAUGUAUAAACAUAUAAAAAUAAAUGCAUAUAUAGUUCACAUAUAGAUAAGUAUCAUAAAUCAACAGGAGAUUAAGCAACAUUAUUAACUGGUUUCUGUAAAUGCGCUGAUCUUUAACAACAAAUUGUUUUUUUAUGGUUUUAUUCAGAUCCUCAAUUAUAAUUUUAACUGUUAAAUGACAUCAUAUUAUGUAGACUUAUUGACAUCAUUCCCGCCUCUUAUAUUGUUAUUUUCUCUGUCCUAUUUGCAUUUACCACACCCGACAGUUUAAGGACUUUAAAAGUUUAAAAAAAAAAUAUAAUUUAUCGAAACGUGGUAAAAAAUUAUUAAUUAUACCAAAGAGGUAAAAUAGGACAGAGGAUACCACCACCAAGACUUUAAAAAGGCUGUGAAACAACACGAAUUCGGUUUGGCUACAGAGGUUUGGUUAAAAUUAGUUAACAAAUAUUUUUAUACAGUAACAGAAGAUAACUAUUUUUAAACCAUUCCUGAGCAUUGUGCAUGUUUCCGCCAUUUUUGUUACCUGAUGAUAGAAUUACACUAGUCUAUUGCUCAAUUUACAUGCACUUUGCCAAAAAAGCAGUAUUUGUUUUAGUGUGAUUUCAUAGUGUGAAAUUUAGUUGUGAACUUAGCUAAUUAUGAAUACCACACCAGAGUCGGUGCGACAACAUUCUGGUUGAAAUGUUUUUCGCUGUUAAAUAGUUUUUAUUAAAAGGUCGGUUUCAAUCAUUCAAUUCGCAUUUUAUCUUUAUUUAAACUAACUUAAAAAGAAGUCGUAUAUUAAAUUAAAUUUAAAUAUAAAUUUCAGCUGAAGUUAAAUUUAUAUACGGAAUAAUAAUGAUUGAAACCAGCUCUAAAUUGAAUGCUGAACCGAAUCGCCUAGAAAAUUGUUGUACUUAUCCAUCUAUAGAUUUUAAAGGGAAUGUUAGGAUUGACGGAGGAAUGUUUAACAAUCGUUGUGUUUGGUCCACUAUAAUUGUCUAUGCUUCAUCAAGUUUUGUCUCGCUCUUUAAAACAAAAACAAAAUGAAUCUUUAGAAAAAGAGUGGACUUUGUUAUUCUAGAAUCUUAUUGUUUUAAUUUAUUUUUUUCAUUAUUGUUUAUGUAUAACUUACGUUAUGUAAGUGUAUGAUAAUAUUUAAUCAGUGUUUAUCUUACUUCUACUUAAGAUGUAGAUUUAAAUAUUCGUGUAUGUUGUUAAUCAGUCACUUUAGCAUGCUACACACAUGCCAUACAAGCUUAGACGCAACAGCGUGAAAAGUACUAAAAGUACUAAGCUGAUUGAAACAAGUGUGUAGUCUCCAUAUUCUGUUUCACUGUUGUAAUAAUAUUAAAACAUUUAAAGCAUUUAUAUAGCGCCUCUAUAUCUAUUUAAAAAAUAUAUAAAAGACAGUAUUUGAAAUAAUAUUACACAUUUACUUGAGCGUAAUUUAAAUGAGUUAAAAAAUUUGGUGUGAUAAUUCGAUAAGUGACUUUCGCAUUCAUUAGUUUAUUAAUAGAUAUUUGUAACCUAAAUCCGGUUUCCAUCGAAGAUCUCAAAAUGAUCAUGAAACAGAUUCAGAAAUCUGAGGCUAUGACCUAAAGAGGUUGUAGCGCCACUGAGUUUUUUUCUCAAAUGUCAAAUAUUGAAAUUGAGCGAAUUGUUUUAGCACUGCUAUUUUGGAAAACAUGAUUGAAAGUUACACUUCACUUGCCAGUUGAUUAUUCAGAUUAAAAUUGUAACAAUUGUGCCAUGAGUAUGUGAAUCAUAAAUAUAAUAGAUAUCGUAUAAAUGUACGCUCAAGUACGUAAUUGCAGUAAUAGCGGAAUCUAGUUCAUUGAAAAUUGAGUCGUUAUUUAUACGUAAAUACAAUCGUGAAUAUUAUGUAAGUUGUCACAUUUUCGAGUUUAAUACUUGAGUAAGAAAGGGCGCAAAAAGGUAUUUUAAAAUAUUCUUAUAGUAAUAAAACCUUAAUCAAGUUAAUACUUGAUUUAUUAUUUCAAGGUAAAAUUUUAAAAUAGUAACAGGUUUUUGAUUUUCGUAUCUCAAUAAAUGAUUGAACUAGAUUUACGCAUUUAUUAAAUACCGUAGAUAAUGACACGCUGUCAGGCUUAUUUAGAUAAAUUGUCUGUUUAAGAUAAGUCAACAAAUAAGAAAUUGUAGAUAUUUUUUUCAUAUAAAUCACCGAUGUAUAUGAUCAAUAGUAAACCAUAGGAUUUUUCUAAAUUCACCUAAGAUACAUAUUGAUGAUUUAUACAGUCCUAUUAAUUUUACAAAUGUAUAUGAGCCUAAACGGGUUUGUUGACUUACUUAAAAUCUCAAUUUUAGGCAAAAAUAUUUAUUAAAUGUAUGUCUAGAUAAUUAUAAUAAAUUCAUUUUUAACUCGG